AUGGUACAAAGAGGAACGCGCAUAGGGCCGCUGCCUGGGGGUCGCCGGGGCGCGUCUGGAGCUGGCGCUGGACGCGGCAGCAUGCGGGCCGCUAGCCGUGCGCGAGGAGAUGUACAAUCACCUAGUAGCCCUCCGCAUCCAUCAUCCCCACCAGAAGGCUUGGUGUCGGCUGGGUCUUCUCGGACUCAGCAAGCGGCACCCGCCGCUGGUGGAGCACGUCGCAUGCGUUGGUCACAAACAAUGAACGCAAACGCACUGCGGGCGUACUUUAGGUCAAAAGGGGAAGAAACCGGAUGUUUGGCAUAUCGGGCUCGGAUGCAUCGCUUUUUUGCAGAGCUGGAGCCAUCUCUAUCUGUCACUGAGCAAAACCUGGCAGACCGAGUUCGGUACAUCCUGCGCUCCAACAUAUUUGGUGACGCCGAACUCGAACGACUACGACGUGAGGCUGUUCCCUCAUCGGAUGAAAAUGCUACGGCUGGGAAUGCGGCGCCACUAAUUGCGCAGCAAACUGCAAAUGUGGACGCUGCCGUCAAUAUUCCAUUUGUGGUGGAUUCAGACGAUGAUGAAAUAGUCCCCCACGAACUAGAGAAAAUGAGGAGCAUAUUGGAAGAGUCGAUGUUGGAAACGCGCAGCAUGCCUCUUGAAAAUCGACCGCGCCUUCCCCGCAUACCCCUUAGCAAGCGAAAUCGGGCUGUCGUGCGGGCUCUUAACCCAAUGCUGGUGACCUAUUUGGAAGCCAGCCGGGACCUUUGCGAGACGGACUCAAUUAUUCUUGGCGCCGCACUGGCAGUAUGCCGUAUUAUUGGCGCCAAACUUCCCAUGGCUGAACGUGCUACUCAACAAGGUAGUGCCAUCCCAGCCUGGAGAAAAAGAAUCGAGGACCGUAUCGCAAAGGCAAGGGCCCUAUCGGCAGACUGA